CAAGAUUGAUUCCGGAUCUUUCGCAGCCCGAGCUUCCCACUUCCCACGAUCUCCAGCCAUCAAGCAUCAAGCCAUCAACUAGCUGUUCACUUUCUUGGGCACCAUACGUACCAUACUAAUGUAUUCCUAUUAAAGCAAGAGAGAAACGACCAUGAGUGCCCCGAUAUGGAGACUCUACGGAGUACCCUUGUCGCAACCCUUUCGAUCGGUUGCGUGGGCUCUGCUACAGAAUCAGAUUCGAUUUGAAGUCCAGUUGACGGUGCCAGGUGCCACCACCAAAAUUGGAAGUCGCAACGAUGCCUUUCGGAGUCUCUCCAAAAUGAGAUCUUCCAAAAUUCCACUCCUCCAAAAUACGCGCACGGGAUUUACCAUUGCCGAAAGUCCCGCCAUUUUGGCGCAUUUGUGCGAAGGGACAAGCCUGUACGCUCCUCCAGGGUCCACUCAACGAGCCACCAUUGACAGUUACAUGCACUGGCAUCACACAGGGACUCGCAAAUUGUCGUCUUUCAUAUUCCCUUACUUGAGACCGGCCGAAGCCACGCAAGUGAUAGAUCAAGACCAACAACUCCAAGCAAAAAUGGCUGCCACACUGAAAUCGCUCGAAAACGGAUGGUUUGCCGACAUGACCACGGAGAAAGAGUGCUUUUUGGCCGGUGGAACGGAUCCAUCCAUUGCCGAUUUGUUGGCGUACGAAGAAAUUGUACAGCUUCCCAUGCUGGGGCUCUUGCCACAAUCCCAAUUGCAGGCAGAGUAUCCCAAGAUUGCCGCCUGGACGGAACGUAUGGCAAGGUUGCCCUUUCAUGAUCCAGUCCACAUUGCCAUGACAGAACUGGGAGAUGUGACUGAUACAAACAAUGAGAUUCCCUUGAUGAAGAGACUGGGAGCCGCCAACAAGGCAGCGCUCCAGGCAUUGGCUGAAGCACAAACCAAUUUUCCGACUGAGCAGGAUAGUGAAGCGACAACCAAUUCCAAGCUCUAAUAAUAGCCAACCAUUUGGAACGAAUCUGGAGCACAGUUUCAAUACUGUGCUGGCUCGGGUUCUUGAUAGGGUCCAUUGCUCAGUUUUUUAGCAGGUCAACUCCGAGUAUUGAUGAGAUCCAUCUCUAGAGGUUCCAAUCCUGCCAAUUUUAUUAGAAGUAUUCAGAAGUAAUCCCAAGAACAUGCACUUCCUCUGUACCGGUAUCCACGGUUCUCCUUCAUUCCAUUCCACACGCUCCC